CUGUGUACCUAUACUUAUCCAAUAUGGCUGCAAGUAAAAAAAUUGUAACGCUGUGAAAAAUUGCAACUCAAACUGCAUUUUCCGCUUGAAAAUCUGUUCAAAAAGUGCCAGGAAUGUGAAAUUGUGCAAGGCGAAGUGGAAAACUUCCGGAAAAACGAAAGCGCGCAAAGAAAUCGACGAGAAAACGCGAAAAACGAAAAAGUCGCCGGGUGCCCCGCCAAAAAAAGAAGACUCCCCCGCCUCUUGAAAAAAAAGAAACAAUUCUCUGUGGGAAAAAGGAAGCGAGUAAAAAUAAAUAAAAACCUGCAAUGGAAGCCGACAUAACGCCCCUGGCGGAAACCAACGGAGAGCAGCGGGAAAAUCCGCAGGAAAGUGCUGCGAACGAGAAUGCGGAGCAACAGGAGCGACCGGAUUUGGCCAAAUCCCUGGAUUCCGCCGAAGAUGGCGUCUCCGGAGCCGUGGGCCAGAUUAUAGAUUACCUCGAGGACGAUGCUGGCGCUGCAAAUGCGGAUCAGGACGCGGAAAUGGGCGAGGCCGAGUAUCUGGAUGGCGAGAUGCCGCCGGAGGAGGAAACUGAGCCCCAGAAAGCCAAUGAAAGUGGCCAGGAAGUGAGCAAUAAAACGGUCGAAGAGGAAACUGCAGGCGAGGAGGAAGUCUCGAAGGAAAAAAGCGGAGGAGAAGGAGAAAAAGGCACUGAACAGGAGAAGGAAGCUGCUCCUCUAGAUGAAGAUCAAGAUCUAGAUGGUAAAGGCAAGUCGGCUCCAAAAGAUGGAGAAGAAGCCGAUCCCGAAGGUGAAGAGGCAGCUGAGAAGACCGGCGAAGAAGGCGACGAGGAGGAGGAAGAGGAAGAAGAGGAUCCCACCGAGGAAACCGAGGAGGUUGACGCAGAGUUCGAGAACGCCAGCGAUGCCGAGGGCGAACUAAUCACCGGCGACGAACCCGGCGAAGCUGCCGACGGCGUGGCCCCCGCGCGGGAGCGCAAAAAGGAGGAGCCCGUGGACGAGAACCAGUGCCGCGUGUGCACCAGCAAGGAGGAGCUAGUCUGCCUGUUCAAGAAGCAAAUCGAUGCCACGCCCGCGGACAUGCUGCUGGUCAUCUGCCCCGGUGUCUCGAUUCUGCCCAAGGACUUUAUGCCGCAGUUCAUUUGCACCAAGUGCAUGGGCAGCCUCACCAUUGCCAUACAGUUGCGCAAGCAGCUGGAGGCCACGGACCAGGAUCUGCGCAAGCGCCUGUCCCGCAGCAAGAACAAGGUUCGCCGGCCCCGCGGCUACGUGGUCAUCGAUGCACCAGUCACUGAUUCCAGCGAGGAUGAAGAUGAACAGGACGAUGAGUUCAAGGUAUCGGAUGUGGGCGGCACAACGAGUGCCGACAGCGAUUCCGUGGACUCCGAUGACAGCAGUGAGCAGCAGAAGAAGAAGGAGAAGAAGAAACCGGGCCCACGGGGACGUCCGCGAAAAAAGCCGCUUAAGCGGAACACGGACAGCGAGGGGGAACCGUCUAGCGCCCCGAAGAAGAAGUACCAGCCCACGUCGGUGGCUGCCGUGGGUCCGUUCGAGUGCCCCAAAUGCGACUUGACCUUCUCGCGCAAACAAUCCUACGUGCUGCACCGCAAAACGCACGAGAGGAUAGAGCAUGCCUGUCCCAUCUGCGGCAAGAAGUUCAAGGUGGAGUGGGCCUACAAGACGCACAUGCAGCGGCACGAACAGGAGCGCGCCCACUUCCGCUGCGAGCUGUGCCCCAAGAUAUUCCGCCUGCGGGCGGAACUGAAGCACCACAUGGCCCAGCGGCACGAUGAGCACGGGUUUAUCUACGAGUGCAAGCGCUGCCAGCGCACCUUCCUUACGCAGCAGCGAUUGCAGCGCCACCAGGCCGCCGGUUGUCAGCGGCACAAGGAGGAGGGCGGUCGCAUCAAGGAGGAGACCGUACGCAUCAAGCAGGAGCCGCGCAUCAAGGAGGAGCGCAUGGGCCACGGCUAUUCGCAGGGCAGCAACAACAGCAGCAUGGGCAAACGACGUCCCGGGGAGGGUCGUGAUUUAUUCAAGGCGGUGGCCCCACCGACCACCACCUACUGGAGCGACAGCUUCUCGGACUAAAUUGAAGGUGCGGCGGCGAUUCGAGGACUUCUGGUUUAAUCAACGAUUUUAAGUUUUCCCCUAGCUGUAGGAAGAAUUCAGUGCAAAUAAAUCACAUUUGUAAUAAAUACAAAAUAAAAUAGGCGGAAGUUUUAAAUACUUGUAAACUUCGCACACUAAGUAAGUAAGCUAAAAGUAAAAUAAAAGUUCGAUUAAUGGCAAA